CCCUCCCUGGCCAUCCUUCUCCCUAAGGCCCCGUCCCCCUGCACUGACGACUCUUCUCUCCGACCAGGACUGCCCAGUGCAGUGUGUGACUGAGACAGAAAAGCCCCGGCCCCCUGGCUUCCGAGCCUACUCCACAGAGCCCCGACCUGAACUGCUCGGUCGCCGUCUGCCGGGUUAUCCGCUGCCUCAUCACAUCCUUCCAAGUCGAGAGGAACUCACCUCACCCUCAAGGCAACUCAGCUUCGAAUGGAUGGGCCAGACGAAGCAGAAGCGGCUGUCGGUGCUGAGUUCGGCCGGCUGAUGUUUGACACGGGGCGGUACGCUCAGUUUCCUGGGCAGGAGGGAUUCCUGACAGCUCAGGCGAAGACCGUGGUGGAGCGUUACGAGGUUUACAACACCCUCCCCUCAUCGUGGGCAGCUCCGUGGGGGGGCUGGUGCUGCUGGCCCUCCUCACUGCUGGCCUGUACAAGCUUGGAUUCUUCAAGCGGCAGUACAAGGACCUGAUGACUGAAGGAGCUCCAACAGCUGGGGAGACCCCCGACAUACCCCACCCCGAGUAACUGCUGCUGUCCCCCAACUGUCCCCCAGGAGGCCCAGGCUGCUUGUCCUGGGAUCUAACCAUUAGGCUCCCCACCCCAGGGGUACCGCCCAUGACAGAAGAUGGAUGGUUGUUUACCUGUUCUGUGUUUUUCCGUAGGUGCAAUGGAGAACCCUGUGAUUGUGUGUGUGUGUGUGUGUGUGUGUGUAUUUGUACCCCUGCUAUGGGGGAUAAUGGCACCUUCUCUUCUUGCUGCUAAUAAUAACUGUUAUUACUAUUA